UUUUUAUAUGUAGUUUGUGGUUGACAAAACUCUAAGGCAAGGGCUCAUUCUUUCAAUUAGCACUUCCCAUUUUAUCUCUGUUUCUUUAACUGAAGAGGUAGGAGGGAGAGGAGGUGUGGAAAGGCUCUGGGUUCUGAACGCCUCUUUUUUUUUUUUUAAAUAUAAAAUUCUCUCUCAAGAGAUUGGCAUUUCCUCUGAGCUCAAACACUAAGAGCGCGCUCUCCAAUUUCACACAGUGCUUCGCUUUCGACAAAAGGGGGGGAUUUUCAAACAUUCUGAAUGACAGGACUGCUCUUGCCCUCAGAGCACGCUGCAUCUGAAACUUUACAGCAUAAACUUCCCCUCACACUACAGAUAAGGAAAGUUGGGUUUCGUUUUUUGUGUGAGAGGGCAGAACGAACAUCAGCUUGGCCUUGUUUUCAACAGCUGGAAAGAUGGUUCAUCAUGGGCUAGCUCCAACUUUUCUCAUUCAGCUGGAGUGGACUGGAGGAGAAAGAGGAUGAGGAUGAGAAUUUACACUCUCAACCUCAAGUUGUUCUGGCCGCUGGUCACUUGUAUCCUCACCAUUCUUCUACUACUGCACCAAUUAAUCUUCAGAGGUUCGGAGGACCAAGGUACCGAUUGUUCUGACCAGGGACCUGGAGCUAUCUCACUGUUUAAGUACAUCCUAGCUUUCAUUUUAUGUUACUUCUUCAUUAAGUACUGCUCAACUCAGCCUGGCUCUGCUAAGAGAGGUUUCCAAAAAGAGAUACACUCAAAAUCAGGAGUAUCUAAGAGAGAUCUACUGGAUGAUCACUACGAGAAGCAUGUGCGUCUUUCUCCACAUGUUCUUGGCCACAGUAAAGCCCAUGUUGCCAAGCUGGUGAGUGAACUUGUGAGGGUGGGACGCACCAACAUCCCACCCGAAUCUUCUCUGGCCUUCCGGGGUGACUUCAUGCAGGUCGGGAGCUCAUAUGAAGAGCACAAGGUGGGCUUGCCAGAUUGCUUUGACAUCCUGGUACCACUGCGGGCCCCUCAGGGGCUAAAACUGGAGGCUAGUAUUUGCACUGACAAACAUGGGGGACCACCACUGUGCACGCUGAACACACCUCGCAAGGCAGAGUGGACGCGCCAUCACAAAGGUUUCACUGACAUUUUUAUGCACUUACACAAUGCUCAAAGUACUUACAGGAUGAGUCCAGACUCUGUCCAGCGCUGGUUUUACACGGCCACUCAGCGUUCCCUUGCUACCGUGCGUUACCCAUUUGAACAGCGCUGCUCCCUCAGUUUGGCUCUCAAUGAGGAGAAGCAGCUACUACUACGUCUGAUGCCCCACUCUGAUUAUGUCUGCUGCCACAUCUCCAUGGGCGUUCGGCUGAUCCCAGCCUGGCCUCUUGGUGACGGCGCCUUCUUGGUGGCAUCCCAACGGGCUCAGCAGGGAGAGGACCUGUGGACAGUGUAUUUUCCCCGACAGGAGCAGAGACUGCUGGGAUGGCUAAAAGGCAGACUGCCAUCCAGCUCUUGUCAUCUGAAGUGCCUUCAGCUUCUGAAAGAGGUACGGAACCUUGGUGGGGAGACAUUGGACCAGCAGGCCAAAGCUGAAUGGCGAGGAGUCCUUUCUUCCUAUGCUCUGAAGACUGCUUGGCUUCGUUUGCUUCUCCAUACAUCCCCUGAGGCCUGGGAAGAGUGCAGCCUUGUGGACAGACUGGAUGAUCUUCUUCGCAGUCUAAGGGAAAGCCUACAGUCUCGGGUUCUCUGCCAUCUACUCCUUGGUGGUGAUAAUGGCCUUCUGCCAGACUCAGUGACUCUGCCUAAGAUCGUGAAGGAGACAGUACCCUCCAACCUGUGGGCUGAAAUCAGUGAUGACACCCUUGAUAUGGUCUCCGCCCGACUGGUCUACUCAUGGAACCAUCUCCCUCGCCUAAUUCGCCUUGGACGACCACAGAGGACCAGACUGGGCAGAGGUGUCCACUGCAAAUAUAUAGAUGCAGAGUAAAGGUCAAUUAUAACUGGUAUUGCUGAACACACAUCUAUGGGUCGCAACAUUUUAGUUGUUUAUUUUGCCUGACAUUCAUGUCAGCUAGCAUUGAGCAUAGCGUUAUUUUGAGUGAAUGAAUAAUUUUGAACAAUUACAGUUUCUUAAUUAAUACUUUGUGUUCAAUGGAUGAGUCAAAUCAGAAUCCAGAAUUAGUGGUUAAGUCUGCCUUAGUUAAUUAUAAUUGCCCAACUUGUGGAUCAGGUACUGAUGGUAUCCCUUUUGUUUCACUUCAUGUUACCUGUCAAUAGGGACACCAUUCAGUAUAUGCAUAUGAUCUUUUUCCUUUCAGACACGCCUCCACAGGCUGUUGCCUUGGAGACACGCUUCCUCAGUCCAGGGUCACUUAUUCAUGCUGUAGCACCAGAGGUUCUUAUUGAUAUCUUGCACCUUAUUGAGUGCCACUAGUGUAGUUUGUUAUUCUCUUUUCUGCUCGAUACCUCAUCCAUCAACACAGACCUGUUCUUACACAAAAUGGUCACAUUACUUGGUCAUUUAUGUGAGACAGAUCUGAUAUAGUGAAAAGCAAAGAGAGGUCCAGGUUAUAAUUCCUCUGUUUAGUGUCAUCAGCUUCACAGGGAAAUAUUUGUGGUACUUAAGCAACAGUCUUUGAGACUUCUUGUCUGUUUCUUAAAAACAAAAACAAAAAUGAAACAAGGAAAUGAAAAGGAAAUUCUCAGAAAACAAGGCUUAAAUGUAGUCCUAAACAAGCAAUGUAAAAUCCAGAGAACUAAUGCUGAUUGUAUGUUAAUUAAUGUAUAUUUUGUGAAUUCUUCGUUAACUGUAAAAUACAUUGUACUUGAUGCUCAUAUAAAAGAAAAUGAGAGGCAAUUUGUACAUAUAGUAAAUAUAAUUUAUACAAGUAUUUUAAUACAUGAAUUGAAAUACAUAUCUAUAUAUAUUGGACUGCACAAGGUUUUGUUGUAUAUUUGUUCAUUGUCAAAAUAAAAGUGACUCAAUUCUGG